AGCGUCCCGGGUGUCGGCGCGGUCCGGAGCCGCGCGCCGUGCUUUGGGGCAUGCCCCGCUACGAGCUGGCUUUGAUCCUGAAAGCCAUGCAGCGGGGUUGGUACAGUAGGCUUCACUAGACUUAGCUGCAACUCAGAAUUUCUCCUCCAGCACCUGAGUAAAUGCUGAUGGUCUUGUGGAGAGUGGAUUAAGAGUACGAGCUAAGUUCUCAAUUCCAAUUAAGAAGCGGAGGAAAAUUUAAACUGUCUCCUUCAAAGUUUAUCACAGCCACCACCAUCAAGACAGCAAACCAAAGGACAAAGACUUGACCUGCUCUGUUGCUCUGUGUAGUCCAGUUCACGUAUGGUUUACAGACUUGGCUGGGUUACUAAUGAGUAAAUAAAAAGUUGGACGCUUCUGUCAUUGGACACCUUUAUUCACAAAGUUACCAAAAUGAGGGCUGUACUGGAGACAGCAGACAUUGCCAUAGUGGCCCUGUACUUUAUCCUGGUCAUGUGCAUUGGCUUUUUUGCCAUGUGGAAAUCUAAUAGAAGCACCGUGAGUGGAUACUUCCUGGCUGGGCGCUCUAUGACCUGGGUAGCAAUUGGUGCCUCUCUGUUUGUGAGCAACAUUGGGAGUGAGCACUUCAUUGGGCUGGCAGGAUCUGGAGCUGCAAGUGGAUUUGCAGUAGGCGCAUGGGAAUUCAAUGCCUUACUCCUUUUGCAACUGCUGGGAUGGGUUUUUAUCCCCAUUUACAUCCGGUCGGGGGUAUACACCAUGCCUGAAUACUUGUCCAAGCGGUUCGGUGGCCAUAGGAUUCAGGUCUAUUUUGCAGCCUUGUCUCUGAUUCUCUAUAUCUUCACCAAGCUCUCAGUGGACCUGUAUUCAGGUGCGCUCUUUAUCCAGGAGUCUUUGGGUUGGAACCUUUAUGUGUCUGUCAUCCUGCUCAUUGGCAUGACUGCUUUGCUGACUGUCACCGGAGGCCUUGUGGCAGUGAUCUACACAGACACUCUGCAGGCUCUGCUCAUGAUCGUUGGGGCGCUCACGCUUAUGAUUAUUAGCAUGAUGGAGAUUGGCGGGUUUGAGGAAGUUAAGAGAAGGUACAUGUUGGCUUCGCCCAAUGUCACUUCCAUCUUGUUGACAUACAACCUUUCCAACACCAAUUCUUGCAAUGUCCACCCUAAGGAAGACGCACUGAAAAUGCUGCGGAACCCAACAGACGAAGACGUUCCCUGGCCGGGGUUCAUUCUCGGGCAGACCCCAGCCUCAGUGUGGUACUGGUGUGCCGACCAGGUCAUCGUGCAGCGGGUGCUUGCAGCCAAGAACAUCGCGCACGCCAAAGGCUCUACUCUGAUGGCCGGCUUCUUGAAGCUCCUGCCGAUGUUUAUCAUUGUGGUCCCGGGGAUGAUCUCCCGGAUACUGUUUGCUGACGAUAUCGCUUGCAUCAACCCAGAGCACUGCAUGCAUGUGUGCGGCAGCAGAGCCGGCUGCUCUAACAUCGCUUACCCGCGGCUGGUCAUGAAGCUGGUCCCUGUGGGCCUCCGGGGCCUGAUGAUGGCGGUGAUGAUCGCGGCACUGAUGAGCGACCUGGACUCGAUCUUCAACAGCGCCAGCACCAUAUUCACCCUCGAUGUGUACAAGCUUGUCCGCAAGAGCGCAAGCUCCCGGGAGCUCAUGAUUGUAGGGCGGAUAUUUGUGGCUUUCAUGGUGGUGAUCAGCAUUGCGUGGGUGCCAAUCAUCGUGGAGAUGCAAGGCGGCCAGAUGUACCUUUACAUCCAGGAGGUGGCAGAUUACCUGACUCCCCCCAUUGCGGCCCUGUUCCUUCUGGCAAUUUUCUGGAAGCGCUGCAAUGAACAAGGGGCAUUCUAUGGUGGAAUGGCUGGCUUUGUCCUCGGAGUAGUCCGUUUGACACUAGCCUUUGCGUACCGGGCCCCAGAAUGUGACCAGCCUGAUGACAGGCCAGGCUUUAUCAAAGACAUUCAUUACAUGUAUGUGGCCACAGCAUUGUUUUGGGUCACAGGACUUGUCACGGUAAUUGUUAGCCUCCUCACACCACCUCCCACGAAGGAACAGAUUCGUACCACCACCUUCUGGUCUAGGAAGAGCCUGGUGGUGAAGGAGAGCUGCUCCCCAAAAGAUGAGCCGUACAAGAUGCAGGAGAAGAGCAUGCUGCGAUGCGGUGAGAACAGUGAGGCCGUCAACCAUGUCAUACCCAACGGGAAAUCCGAAGACAGCAUCAAGGGCCUUCAGCCUGAAGAUGUUAACCUCUUGGUGACCUGCAGAGAGGAGGGCAACCCAGUGGCCUCCUUAGGUCAUUCGGAGGCAGAAACACCAGUAGAUGCGUAUUCCAAUGGGCAAGCAGCCCUCAUGGGUGAGAAAGAGAGAAAGAAAGAGGCAGAGGAGGGAGGCCGGUAUUGGAAGUAUAUAGAUUGGUUCUGUGGCUUUAAAAGCAAGAGCCUCAGCAAGAGGAGUCUCAGAGACCUGAUGGAGGAGGAGGCCGUUUGUUUACAGAUGCUGGAAGAGCCUCCGCGAGUGAAGCUAAUACUGAAUAUUGGACUUUUUGCUGUGUGUUCACUUGGAAUUUUCAUGUUUGUUUAUUUCUCCUUAUGAACUUUUAAGGAUAUGAUGAAACACUAACUUAAGAAAAUACUGGUCUUUGGAAAAAAGAAAACAAACAAACUUACGUAACUGUUGCAUCUCUCAGGCAUUGUUUACGCUGUAGGUUGUAGCCAAAUUUUACGUAGCAGAACAUCUUCUAUUUGCAAGACUUUAUUUUCCCAGAGAUGGAUAAAAGUAACUUUUCAACCUAAAUGAAGCAAAACUUGUUUAACAGACUGAAUUGUGCAAAUGUGGUUUAAAAUUUUUCAUACCAAAGUGAGACCAAUUAUUCUCAUAGAACACAUAGAGCAGAGUAUAUGCUAAGGUAUCUCCAACAGCACACCAUCUGCACUGCCAAAUGGUGGUAGGCCUUCUCAACCGAAGUAGAGGACGUGCUUGUUUCAGAGUUUUUUCUGUCUCUGUAAUCCCUCCUACCAUUUAAAAAGAACUGAAUUUGUAGACAUUGUAUAAUUGAUUAUGUACUGAAAACCUAACUCACGUGCUGGUGAGGUGCUUGUUUCAGGAUGCGUUAGUUAGUGCCAGGUCCCUUUUGUUAGCAUGAGCCUGUGGAUUCCGAUUGCCAAAAGAAAGGGAGAAUGUCUUUCUGUAGCUGUUCUUGUACCACCAGUAUAUGCAAUGUUGGGGAAAAGUUUGUUCCAGUUCCUUUUUUCCUACUUUUGAAGUUUUAGUGAACCAUACUCAAGUGACCACCAAGUCUGUCUCUAUAAAGUUACAUGUCAUGAUUGUAUUGUUCAAUGACUGUGGGGCGGGGGGGAGAUGAAAUAAACAUUGCUGAUGAUCUUUACAUUUAUUGACCAAAUUAAGGUUUUUUAUAUAGUUUGGGAAUUAGCAGCCUCUAAGUGGUGUUAAUCAACGUAGGCUACACAGGUGAUUGCUCAGACUCCACUGAUUCUCUGGAUGUGUUCUUGCCACUUUGCAACAUUCUCUCUUGGCCAGAUGCCUUCCCACGCAGCUCCAGGUGCAGGAGACGUCCAGAUGUUUGAAGACAAAUCAACACUGCCGUGGCUCUGGGCGGCCCUGCUUGAUUAGGUCGUGAUCUAUUGAGGUUGAGUUUUUAGAGAAAAUUCAAUUCUGAGAUCAUAUUGGACCCUUGAUAAAGUUAUUUUUCUGACAUACCUUUUCAAAAGACUUGCCAUCUGUACCUGGCCUGUAAGUUUUUGCUG